GUCAGCCAGUCAGUCAAUUAGUUACUUCUGCUGCUGCGGGGCUUCUUCCUCUCUCGGCCGAAACUGCAUGGAAAGAGAGAGAGGGGGAGAGAGAGAGAGAGAGCCUCCUUCUGCGGACUUUCCCAGUUGCCCUGGAGAGCCCGGAUCCCGCCCCUUUCCUUCGCCCCGUUCUCUUGCGCGCUUGCUGCCAAACUCUCCUCUUCGGGGCCGGGAGCGGGACUGGGAAGUGCGCCUUCUCUCAACUGGGGGUCCGGAGGCGUCAUGUGACCAGAGACCCCCCUGCAUUAUGAGGGAGAGGGAAAGUGGGCAGCAUCCCACCCGGCGCCAGGUGCUGCGACUCCUCUCCUGCCUCUUCCUGCUCUGGACCAAAGAGAGCGCCGCCCUGGCCGACUUCGCAGGUUACCUAACCAAACUUCUGCAAAACCACACUGUGUAUGCCUGCGAUGGUGAACAAUUGCAUCUGCAGUGUCCUCGACAUUCAACAAUAAGUGUCCAAUCUGCAUAUUAUGGUCAAGCUUACCAAUUGUGUAGCGCACAGCAGCCUGAAGCCAUGAUGAGAGAGUCCCUAAACUGUGUGACAUCUACUACCUUUCAGAAAAUACUGGAUGAAUGCCAGGACCUGAGAGUCUGCCAGCUCCUUGUCAAUAGUCGGGUUUUCGGACCUGAUCUAUGUCCAGGAAUCACUAAAUACCUCCUAGUCUCCUUUAAAUGCAAGCCUACUGAAUACAAAACAAGAUCAGUGUGUGAAAACGAAGAACUGAAACUCCACUGCAAAGAAUCAAAAUUCCUGAACAUCUAUUCUGCCUCGUAUGGCAGAUCAGCACAUGAGAAGGACAUCUGCUCUACAGAAAUGGGUCGCCUCCCCCAAUUUGAUUGCUUUUCCUAUUCAGCUUUAGAAGUAUUAUCAAAGAAGUGUUAUGGAAAACAGAGGUGUAAAAUCAUUGCAAACAGUCAUAACUUUGGAAGACCCUGCCUCCCUGGCGUGAAAAAAUAUCUCAAUGUCAGCUAUGCAUGUGUUCCCAAAUUCAUAUUAGCAGCAGUUGAUCCAACGAUAACUGAUCUACAGUCUUCUCAGAAGCCAAACAAAGAUAAAGAUUUUGAUCCACGGGAAUCAAGAUUUCCAAAGAAAGAUGGGAUUAUAGUUAGCAACAGUCUGGCUACUUUUGCUUACAUUAGAGAUCACCCUGAAAGAGCUGCUCUCUUGUUUGUGUCUAGUGUCUGUGUUGGCCUGGUGCUCACGCUCUGUGCGCUGGUGGUACACGUUUCCUGUUCUAAUGACCUAGAAAACUUGCGGAGGAUAAAAAAGCAUUUGGCGCCAGAGGACAAAGCUGAUGAAAAUGGCAAAGAAGAGGAGGAAGAGGAGGAAGAGGAGGAGGAGGAAGACGAAGAAGAAAGAGAUGACUCUUCAGAUUCAGACUUUCCUGAUGGCUUCUGCAGGACUCCAUAUUCAGCUUUUUAUUCAAUAGACUCAGCUGAGCUUGCUGAAAGGAUAGAGCGUCGAGAACAGAUCAUCCAGGAAAUCUGGAUGAACAGUGGUUUGGAUGCAUCUCCUACUAGAAGCCUCAGUCCAUUUUAUAUCAAUGAACAGGAGUGCAUUUGUUUUGGAUAGCAUCAGCUGUUUUUCUGAACACAAAGGGGUACCUUCUGUGAAGGAACAUUUGCAACUCUAUGUUAUAAUUAUUUGGAAUAUUCUAUUAUUACUAAUUAUUAAAAAAUCUUUUAAAUAUU